AUGGCUGGCAUAGUCACUGUCCGUGCAUUUGGAUGGGCGGAGGCAUACCGCCAGAGAAACGGGAGACUUCUCGACCAAUCCCAGGUUCCGUACUAUCUGCUUGCUGCGAUUCAGAACUGGCUGGUUCUGGUGCUGGAGCUGGUGGUUGCGGGUAUGAUUACUGUUAUCGUGGGCCUGGCGGUAGGGCUGAGGAAUAAGAUCGAUCCCGGAUAUCUUGGUCUAGCGCUGAUCUCUGCUAUGGACCUAGGCUUCAACUUCCGCAUUAUUAUCGUCUACUGGACCGAGCUGGAAACCUCACUCUCGGCCGUUGUCCGCAUCCUCCAAUUCUCUGCCACCCCUUCUGAACAACAAGAUCUUACUACUGUAACCCCACCAAACUCAUGGCCCAAGCACGGCGCUAUAUCCUUCUCCAAAUUCGCAGCAAGCUACAGCGAAGACGGGAAAACAGUCCUCAACAACAUCACCCUCGACGUCCAACCCGGCGAGAAGAUCGGCCUCUGCGGCCGCACGGGAAGCGGCAAAUCUAGCCUCGUCGCCACGCUCUUUGGUCUACUUCAUCAGCGCGAAGGCCAAGUAAUGAUCGACGAUGUGAACACCACAGAAGUAUCUCUCUCGGCUCUCGGCUCCAAAAUCAUCGCACUCCCACAAGAACCCUUCUUCCUCAAAGGCACCGUACGGUACAAUCUCAUGCCCUGGAUCCCCGAAGACAAACGCCCUGCCGUCUCUGAUGCGCAGAUGAAGCUUGCGCUGCAGGAAGUACAGCUGUGGGAUAAACUCAGCGGCGCGGCUGAGACGGGGCAGUCCGCACUAGAAUUGAGCCUGGACAAUGUGGAUAGUUUGCUGAGUCAGGGGGAGAGGCAGCUUUUUUGUCUUGCAAGGGCGGUUCUGAUGGAUGGGAAGAUUGUCGUUCUAGACGAAGCUACGAGCAGUGUCGAUGCGCAUACCGACGCGCUCAUGCAGCGUAUACUACGCACUGCGUUUGCGGAUCGGACAAUCAUUGCGAUCGCGCAUCGGCUGGAUACCAUUUUGGAUUUUGACCGCGUGGUGGUUAUGGAUGCGGGGAGCAUUGUGGAGGUUGGCGUGCCGGGAGCGCUAUUGGAGACCGAGGGGAGUUUGUUUAAAGCACUGGUGGAGAGUCAAGAGGCCAAUUGA